AUGGCCUUGCAAAGACCACCGAAGCUGAAACACUUCUUAUGGAGGGCUUGCAAAGGCUUCCUUGCUGUCAAGGAACGCCGCCUUUUCUAUCGUCACGUUGUAUCAGAGAAAUCAUGCUCAAUCUGUAGCUCCCUGGAUGAGACUAUCAUCCACUCUACAUUCAAGUGUGCUACAGCAAAGGAAAUAUGGGCUGCUAGUUCAUUUAUGGCUCAGAUUAAUGUUGCUCCUGCUCGAAGCUUUGUGGAAAGAUUUAUGUGGAUUUUGAAGAAUGAGUUAGUCACCAAGGCAGCACUUGCUUGGGCGUCAUGGUACUGUAGAAAUAAACACAUCUUUGAGCAAGAUGGAUUCAAUGUCGUGGAGGUAGCAAAGAGCUGGGUGGAUCUGGCGUAUGAAAGCAAUGCAUAUGCGAUAAAAGUGAUUAAUAGGACUGCCCCAACUGUUGGCCCUUCCCCUAGCUCAUGGAGUUGUCCUAGUGCGGGCACGGUUAAAGUAAAUUGUGAUGCUUAUCUUGGUGCAAAAACCGGUCUAGGGGUGGUGAUUAAAAGCGAGCAUGGACAUCUUCUAGGCGCUGCAAUUCGUGAGGAGUAUGGAGGGUGGAAUGUUGAGGCGACGAGGCAGCUACAUGUCGAUUUGGAUUGA